AUGAAUAAUCUAAGCAGUAAUCGAUCUGUGGAAAUCAUGAAGGAGUUUUUUAACAACAGAGAUCAUGUUGCAACAAUAAUAAGAGAACGCGACAAUUGUUUUAUCGAUACUCUGAAACUUUUGGACUUGUUGGAUCGUAUAAGGCAAAAUUGGAAGGAUGAAAACCAGAAAAAUGAAUCUUUGCGAGAUCAAUUGCUAGCAGCGGAACAAGAAUCUGGAAAUCUUAAAAAAGAAAAUCGUUUAUAUAAAGAACAACUGCGAGAUGCAAGAGCCCAGAUUGCCGCACUGAUGUCAGAAAAACAAAGUAUGGAAUUAGAUAUUUCAGAAAUGGAACGUAAAUUUCAAUUCGUCAGCCAAUUGCUGAAGGAUGAUAUGACAGAUGAAGAAAAAGAAAAAUUAGCAUUUUUAAAAAAUCCGAAAUGUUCACAAAAGAAGAAAAUAGAAUCUCGUCGUGCAACAGGUGCAAGUGCUGAGUUUAUUGAUUAUGAUAAGAGCGGCGAUUCAGUUGAAACUUGUGAAGAAUUAGAGAUGUCUCAUUUACGUAAUGGAAAAAUAUAUAGAAGGUCGCAUCUUAAUGGAGCAAAUAACGAUGAAACAAAGGUUCCGCGUCCUACCAAACGUAGUAAAAGCAAAAUAUAUGUGAGUAAUGUGCCAGAGGAAGUGAGUACUCCGUGUAAACGAUCGAGGAAUUCGCGCGAGUUAAAUAAAGAAAAUGUCACGACUGUUGAUCCUCAUGCGAAACGUCAUUCACGACCAAAAGUAACUGCGAGGCAUUCGAUAAAUCGUUCAUUAUCCGAAUCAAAUGUGCUUAAUGCAAAUGAAAUCAAAGAAGCUGAACAAAAAUUCAAUGCUCUUACACCUCGUUCUAUAGCAAAAAGUCAGAUUGAUAUCAGAAGUCCGUAUGCGCAGGGAAAAAGUUGGAUAAACGUUGGAGGAACGAUUAAUUCUCGGCCUCAUUCAUUUAUUAGUUAUAAUACAGUUCUUCCAGAAAAAUGUGAUGUUUGCAAUCGUCAUAUUGCUUUAUCUGCAUUAACUGCAAAGCCUGCAUGUAAAUGUACAGAUUGUGGAGUUCGUUUGCAUGUGGCAUGCAAGGAACAUGCACCGAUGCCAUGCAUUCCUCGUACUCCGACCUCACGUACUCCUAGCAAACAACGUCCUCGUUUAAAAGAUUUUUGCCCUCCAACGCGGCCGAUGAUACCCAGUAUUAUCAUUCAUUGCGUGGUUGCUUUGGAAAGAGAUCGCUUAAAUUGUGAAGGAAUAUAUCGUAUCCCAGGGCAGGAAUCACAGGUGACCAAACUGCUAAAUGAUCUGAAAAAUUCCCGUGUUUCUCCUAAACUUGAAAAUCACUAUACUGAAACGAUUACAGGCUGUAUUAAAAAAUUUCUUAAAGAAUUGAGGGAUCCAGUGAUUCCAACUAGUUCUUGGGAGGAAUUUGUGCGAGCUGCUGACACCAAUGAUAUUGAAGCACUCAAUAAUUUCAUUAUGGAUUUGCCAAUUCCGAAUCGUGACACACUCGCUUAUUUGUGUUCACAUUUCCAAAAAAUAUGCGAAAAUAGUAGUCGUAAUAAGAUGACAGCAAAGGUUCUUGCUCGUAGUGUGGCGCCAACAAUUGUUGGUCAUGCACCUCCUCGUUCCAUGAAUUUCGCCCAAGGUAACGAAGAGGCAAAGAAACAGGUUAAUGUAAUGUUAGCUCUUCUUCAAAUGCCACCUGGCUAUUGGACGAAUUUUUAUGAAUCGAAUGAGCCUUCUCGACCGUUCCACAGCAAUCAUCAAGCGAAUACCCCUAUAUCGUCAAGUCGUCCAGUUUUUGAAAGAACUCCAGGAAGAACACCACUAGCUCCAAUUAUUUCUCUUCCAGGUGACACAUCGAUCUUAGGUCCAUUGGGGACACCACCUGCCAGUUCGUCGAAGUUAUUGCACCACGUUUCUCGUCGCGGGAAUAUGUUCGAAAAUUUAUUCUGA